GCCAUGUAAGCAGGGACCUGGGUGCAGGCACAACAGCAUGAGUAUUAAUCCCUCCCCAAAGCUCACCCUCAUGUCAUAUUGGUAGUCGUCCGUCAUUUGAUUCCCAACCAAAGAAGACUUGAAUCUUCUGGUGACAGAGGAGCUCUCUCGGAGGAAUCAGUUAGGGUCAGACCUCCACCUCGAACGGUUGUAUCUCCCUCUUGUUAGACUGGAUUUCUCUUCCACGUCCUUACCGAAUUUCCGACCAGUUCCAACUGAUUCGUUGUAAUUCGUGAAUAACCUACCACUCGCUCGCGUGUCAGGUGCUGGAAGAGAUCAUCAAGGACUCACAGGACCCUCAGGACAUGUGCCAAUAAUUUCCCGACACACCUUGCCAAAGAUCUCGUUCGACUAGAAAAGCCAUCCUCCCUGCACCUACGGAUGUGGCCGAGAAAAACGGACUUGGACGACCGGAAGGAGCUCGCUACGAAAGUCUCUGGUAUCGUGAACCGAGCACCUGCUAGUUAGUUCCGGUGACCCAGUGCUAUGUACUAAACCCGAGACCCUUGAGCCACUACCCUUGUCUGUCAACAUCAUCAUGAGUUGUCUCUCUUUGCCUCGAUCGCUCCCUCACAGACGGACUCAUCCCUGCAGUCUUUAGAUCGGAGGAGGAUAUCCUUGGAUUUGCUUCAGUUGUGCCGUCAGUUGCCUUUUGGAAGUGAAGCAGCGAACUUCUCUCCCGAACGUGGAGAGGGGAUAAACUUGUUCAAGAUGAGUGUCAAACCAGCUGAAAAGAGGUUUCGAUUCGAUAGUUUCGCCACCGAAUUUGAUUGCAAAGAAGAGCACGAGGACAUUCCUGACAAUGACAGUGGCAUUGACUCCGAAGAGACUCAGGUGUCCCCAGGAUCCGUUCAACAACAUCCCCUUUCCUUGGUGUUGAAGAAAGAGAUCGUUUCCUCCAAAGCACCAGCUGGGUCCCCGCCCCCCUCGGGAGCCAUGAGACAUUGGAAGAAAUUCAUGAAGGACCAGGCCAUCGACACGGAUGACUCUGGUCCCAAAGAGGAGCCCAAUCAGUCAACUCGCACCACAGUGGCCCAUGCCUUGCUCAGCCUUCGCCAAGCUGAGCCCAAGGUCUCCCGAUCUGAGGAGUUCUCCAAGGCGUUCCAUCGGAUGCCGCCAUUUGCUCAGAACACCCCUUUCCGGCCGAUUCCGAUCACCCUGCUGAAACCUGCCAAUCAAAAGCCCUAUUCAGGACAUCCCUUGCCCUGGGUUCAUCAUUCGAGCUCUCUUUGCCAUGAGCCGGAGAAUUUGUCCAUUGUCAAGUUACCCCAACAUCCGAUCAAGCCCUUGAUCUGCUCCUCUUCUUCUUCUUCUUCACCCCAAUCGUUUCUUCAAUCUCCAACCCUGUCAAGUACCACCGGUCAUCAUUCUUCCUCGUUUUCCACCCCAAGUCCAUUGCGAGAGAUCCAAAGUAACCGCCAACAAACAAUGCCAACGCUGCCUUUGCAACCAAUUUCUCAUGCAAAUACCAAUGCCAACGCUUCUUCAUCUCCAACUCCUUCCUUCUGCCAUCCAUCCCACAUGGCCCGGUUUCUUCACCCAGCCUUCCAUUCAGAAAAUGUUGCGGUCAUGACCCCUUCUCAAAAGAACAAAGCGGCCCACAAGCCCUCGGCCAUUGAAGGAGGGUUGGCAGGAUCGGGAGGAUCGGGACGUCCAGGACAACAACCUUCUUCAGCGGCGUCUUCUCGUGUCAACAACAAGACUUCAAUGAAUGGAUUCAAGGGGAUCAAGGCGGACAAACCGUUCCGAUGUCUUGAAUGCAAGAAGUCCUUCUCCACACGCUCAGGUUACGCCAAACAUGAGCAGCUCCAUUGUACUAACCAAAUCCAGAAGAGCUUCUCCUGCAAGUAUUGUAACAAGGGCUACACCAGCUUGUCGGCUUUGAAGAUGCACAUCCGAACUCACACUCUGCCCUGUAAAUGUGAUAUUUGCGGCAAGAGUUUUUCCCGACCCUGGUUGCUCCAGGGCCACGUGCGAACUCACACGGGAGAGAAGCCCUUUUCAUGCUCGUAUUGUACCAGGAGUUUCGCAGAUAAAUCGAAUCUCAGAGCCCAUCUUCAAACCCAUCUCCAGACCAAGAAGUAUUCUUGUCCGGGAUGCAAAAAGACCUUCAGCCGCAUGAGUCUUCUGAACAAGCACACCGAUAGCGGAUGUCACGGUCUUCAGUCAAGGAACGAGGAAUGUGUACAAACUCUGAUGGGACUCUCCGCUGGGGGUCUUAUGAGAGCUUAGGGCCAUUUGGUUGAGUUGUUGUUGCCACCAAUUACGUGCUGUUGAGUCCGCGUGCCAAAAAAAAUACCUCCGGUGAAAUUGUUUUGCCAUAUGUUUGUACAAGCUGAAUUGACUUUUUUAUAAGAUCUCACGAUGAAUUGCUUGAUCAAAACCACUUGUUUUAAAGUUGUAUAUUAUCAGAGAAAUACAUCAUAACCCACUUGUUAAAAAUGAUAAGAUCCAAGUUAUAUCUGAUCGUAAACCUUAGAUACGCAGAUUUGCAAAUGCAAGUUGAGCCCAAUAUAAUGCAUGGCAAUUUGGCAAAGAAGAUUGUGGUGUAUUUUCAAGAAGAAGAAUUUCCCAAAGCUGGAACUUUACUUUUUGUGUCUA